GUAAUUUAAUUUUUUCUCCACUCUUGAAUUGUCAGGUUACUCAGUUCCCUGUUUGCAACAUGGAAAGCUGGACUUGGGUUUUCUCAUUUUGUCCCUUAUCGAAUUAACUUCCUGCUCUGUAGAGGCGCUCAUCGAAUAUCUUCUAGCACUUCCUCAAGGUUUCUUCAAUUGAGAUUUUCGGAGAAAAUGGGAAGAGCAAUGAGAUGGUUCAGGAGCUUGCUGGGGAUGAAGAAAAAGAAGGAACAGAGGGAGAACUCUAACGGUGGUGAACAGAAAGAUAAGAUAAGGUGUAGUUUUGUUAAGUCGGGGAACGAUUCUGGUGGGGCUACUCAGAUCCUAGCAAGUUUACCGGCAAACAUUUCUGCAGUUGAUGCUGCUUGGUUGAGGUCUCAUUACACUGAAACGGAGAGUGAACAGAACAAGCACGCAAUUGCAGUGGCUGCGGCCACGGCUGCCGCAGCUGACGCUGCUGUUGCCGCUGCACAAGCGGCGGUUGCAGUUGUGAGACUAACUAGCCAUGGGAGAGGGACGAUGUUUGGUGGAGGGCGGGAGAAGUGGGCUGCAGUGAAGAUUCAGACUGUCUUCAGGGGUUAUCUGGCUAAAAAGGCCCUUCGAGCUUUAAAAGGGCUGGUGAAGUUACAAGCCCACGUUAGAGGUUACCUUGUGCGUAAGCAAGCAGCUGCAACUCUGCAUAGUAUGCAAGCUCUUAUAAGAGCCCAAGCGACUGUUCGCUCGCAGAGAGCUCGAAACUCCUCUGAAAGGUUUGAGGAAACAAGAAGCGACCACACGGCUUCAAUUCACAGUAGGAGGCUAUCGGCAUCAUUGGAAAGUGCAAUCAACAAUUUGGAUGAGAGCCCAAAAAUUGUGGAGAUCGAUACUUGUAGGCCAAGAUCAAGAUCCCGAAGAACCAAUGCAUCAAUGUGGGAUUCCGGUGAAGACCCACCUUAUGAAACGAUAUCGUCACCUCUGCCGUGCCAAAUUCCUUGUCGUGUCUCCAUACCCGAGAGCCGGAACUACCAAGAUUUCGAUUGGAGCUUGACGGGUGAUGAGUGUAGGUUUUGCACGGCACAGAGCACCCCGCGUUUUGUGAAUUCGGGAGGUUCGAAUGCACCCGUAACGCCGGCAAAGAGCGUGUGCGCAGAGAACUUCUUCAGGGGUUACUCUAACUUCCCCAAUUACAUGGCGAACACACAGUCCUUCAAGGCCAAAGUGAGGUCCUACAGCGCCCCGAAGCAGAGGCCUGAGCCGAGUCCAAGGAAGAAGCUAUCGCUGAAUGAAAUGGUUGAGUCGAGGGCCAGUUUGAGUGGAGUUCGGAUGCAGAAGUCAUGUUCUCAGGUUCAAGAAGCAUUUUUUAAGAACGCGAUAAUGGGUAGGCUGGACAAGUCGGCAGAGUUUGUAAGGAAUUCAGAGAGGGAGUACCUGCAAAGAAGAUGGAGUAGUAGAGGGGAGAUGGCAAUGGCAGAGAAGAUGACUUAAUGGAG